UUGAAAUAUAAAUAGUAACAAUCUGGUUUAAAUCCGGGUCAUAAAUAAAAAUAAAACUGAAAAAUUACGCAGCUAGGACCUAGAAAAUAUGCCGACAGAAGUAAAGCAUGGAUUUACGGGGGAAUGCUUUCCUGAUCAUUUUAAUCUCAAUGCCAGACCUAAAAUAAAAGAACAAAAACCUGGUCAACUGUCCAAUGAGGAAAUAGAACAAUUUUUUACAAAGGGAUAUGUCAUUGUUGAGAAAUUCUUUACGAAAGACGAGCUGGAACCCUGCAAAGAUGCUAUCAAUGAUCAACUUGAAUGUCUUGCACAGAAGUUGUAUAAAACAAAGAGAAUCAAGAAUUUAUACAGAGAACUUGGAUUUUAUGAGAGAUUAACAGCAAUAGAGGCGGAAUGGCCAGGAGCGAACAUUCUCAUGCAUAAAGGGGAUGGUUUGCCACAGGCGUUCAAAGAUCUAUGGACCAGCGAGCGUCUGUUAAAUGUUGUAGAGCAGUUGAUUGGCCCAGAAAUUGCUGGUCAUCCGGUAUGGAAUUUGCGUACAAAAACUCCUCAGAGCGAGGCAACUACCGUACCAUGGCAUCAAGACUGUGGUUACCUUGACAACGACUGUUACAAAACCCUGCAGCCGACAGCAUGGAUUCCACUACUAGAUGCUACUGAAAAAAAUGGUUGCAUGCAGGUGGCAAGCGGAGGACAUCAAAAGGGUAUUGUUGCAACUCACCAAUGUUGCUAUGGAAAUACAUGGUAUGUCAUGUUAGAAGAAAAAGAGAUGGAGAAAACAUUAGACAUUGAUUUGGAAAAGGAUAUCAUCACCGUCCCUGUACCUUAUGGAGGAAUGCUCCUUUUGAAUAAUCUAAUACCACACAGAAGUUUACCCAAUAUGAGUAACCAGAUAAGGUGGAGUCUAGACCUAAGAUGGCAGAAACCAGACCUUCCAUCAGGAUUCUGGGGACUAAAAGGUUCCUUAUUAAUGCGAUCAGCAAAGGACCCCGACUAUAAGAUUGAUUGGACAGAAUUUGAUGGUGUGAACAGACGAGAAAAACAGAGAGAUGCUGUAGCCGAUGUACUCCCGCCAUCAGAAAACUGGGAUUUUGAGACUGCAUUGGAAGGACCUUGGAUGAAGAAAUGGGAGUUGACACACAUGAACAGACAUACUGAUAAAUUGAAAGAUGGAAUUUCUGUCAGUUGGCAUAAUAUGAACAAGGCUUAGACAUUUUUCUGCUGCAAUUUAUGAUUGAAAAUUUGUUGAUUGGUUAAACUCGUGGGAAAUAAAUUAUUAUUGUUUAAAUCAAAGUACCAUGUCAUUGAAAAAUCUGUAUUAUAUCAGUAUGCUUUAUCACUAUCAAAUCAUAGUAACACACAUCCGAAUAAACUUUGGAGCAUACUUCACACAUCCGCUUAAACUUUGGAGCAUACUUCACACAUCCGCUUAAACUUUGGAAUAUAUGAAUAAAUUUUAUCACCGUAUGCACUUAUAAAUAGCUUUCAAAUUAUUGUCAAAAACUCAAACGCUAUUCAAGGAGAUUAUCAAAUAAGAGUGAAAUGACAUCAAUUCUUUUAUACUUGUAAGGAGAAAGUCAAAUUAAUGAGAUACAAAAUAAAGUUCAAAUCUAUAACAGCCUUGAUAUAUACCUAUAUUAUGUAUAUGUUAUACCUUGGGAUUUUUUUUGUUACAAUUUUACUUCUGUGAUAUUCCUGUGUAAAAAUGUGCUUCUUUGCAACGAAAUAUACAGGAAAAUUUUUCUUAACCCACUCUCGUGUGAUUAUUGAAUGAAUAUGCAAAGUAACAUGAAAUUCAUCAUGUCCAUUAUAUAUACUUGACUUUAAAUUUUUUUUUAAAUCGAAUUGAGUCCUAUCGAAUCUAAUCACAAGUUCUUCAAAAUGUAACUUACAUACAUGUCUAAACAUAUACAGUUAAAAAUGUGAAGAAAACUAAAGCCAAAUUACUUUUUGUUCACCAAAAGUUAAUAAUAAAAAAUUACCAAAGAUAUCAGCCUUAUAAUUCUGCUCAUCAAAAGUUAUUUGUAAUUAUUACAAAUCAUUUGAUUCAAGCACUUUUUCAAAAAAACUUUUGAAAUCAUCAAAAUCACAAAUCUCACUUUAAUAUGUUAUUGUAUGAUUUCCGUUCAAAAGUACUAAUAUUUAAUUUGGUAAAGAUUUGCUUAUGAUUUGUUAUGAUUCAAUUAUUUUAUAGUUGGGCAUUUUCUAUGUGUGAUGUGAUGUAAAUGUACAAUUGUAUCAAUUACUUAUAAUAUUAGAUAUUUCAAAUUAAGGGAUGUUUUGUACACUAUUCCUUUGUUAGAAGAUAAACAACUGAAGGUAUAUUGGAAAUGAAAUGAAAUGUAUUUAAACAUUUCUUAAAUGUAUUUAAACAUUUCUUAAAUGUAUUUAAACAUUUCUUAAAUGUACAGGUGUUAGAACUAUGAACUUAAUAAAACCAACCUGCCAUUUCAUUUUUUGGUACACAAUCCAACUAUUUUUACCAGUUAUACAUUCAUGAUAUGAUAAAAUCGGGAACUGCAAAUGAUUUGAAAUUGUUUUUUUCUCAAACGACUCGAGUACAGCAACCCUCAACGAAAAAGAAGCUUUCAACUAUUUAUCAACUUGCUGUCAAAAUUUAUUUUAAGUGAUAAAAGUUAUAAGUUAAAUUUACCUUGGAUGUUCUUGUAUCGGACAAAUCUUUGAUUGCAUCAUAAAGCCAUAGCGAAUGAUUAUGGUUGCACUGAUAUAGUAACAUAACCUGGAGCAUAAUGCUAUUCGUUUUAAUGUUAAUCAUGUUUUAAAUGUAUAUUUCGUAACAAUUUGUCUUUUAAAACUGAUUUUAGCUUAGUUGGAACAAAUAUGUAUCAUAAUUAUUAAUUGUAAUGAGCAAAACUCUAUGUCAGAAUCUGCUUGACAGAGUUUAUGCAAUUUACUUUUAGUGGUCAGGUCUUUGUCAAAUAAUGCUCGUUUUAUUAAUAGUAUGCAAUGUGUCGGAUAUACAUGAGUUUUAAAAUAUGGAAGACACGAUACUCGCUGUAAAAAAAAGAUAUCAUUUAGUACAUUUCAUUCAUGCACCCAGUUGUAUGAUUCAUUAAUAUCAUCUAAUUUGGCACGCGAUACUCCUUAUAAGCGGAAGUAGCAGAUAGUACAAUUCCAUUUUUUAUUAUAUGUCUCGUAUUUUUAUAUUCUGUUUUAUAAUGUGUAAAAUAGAGAAUAUGUUUAAACAAAUGUUGGUCCAACUUUCCUGUAGCAGUAAUUUUUAAGUAUUUGUGAUUAUCGUUUCUUUUCAAAUAAUAGUGUAAAAGGAUAGUAAGAUCUUACUAUAGAACUCCUUGUAAUGUUCAAUAAAUUCAUUAUAGAUGUAAAUAUUUAAAUUGAUAUUGAAAUAAAGGCUUUACGACUAAAUGAA